AUGUAUCUUAACAUUAAACACACCGCGAUGUCUCUAACAAUGCGUAACUUCAACAUAGCAAUGGUUAAUUGCAAAGAUACAUUAAAAGUUAUUAACUUCCUCGAAAAAUAUUACUUCCCACACUCCCUUCUAUUGAAAUACGCAAACUUCGAAAACACUCCGACAGUAAAAGAAACUUUAAAAAAAUUCUGGACGAUCGCUUUAAGUCAAAACAUAUCCGUUAUAAUCACGGAUGAAAAUGAGGAAGUCGUCGGAUUAUCUUGCAACAUCGUAGUUCAUAAACAAGCUGACCUUUAUUAUGGAUUAGAUGGUGGUGUUCAAACGAUCAAUAAGUUUCUUACCGAAGUUGGAAAAGAAUUAUACAAAAAAUACGAAGAUUUAGAGCACUAUUUUUAUAUUGUUUUGGUUGCUGUUCGUGAUGGUUGCGGGCAUUAUAAUCUGGAAAAAAGGUUGAUUAAUUUUUCUAAGGGUGUAGCAGCCGAUUUUGGAGUGAAAAUUAUUCGAAUGGAUGCACACAAUGCUGCGGAAGCUGAACGGGCUAAAAAAAUUGGAUUCAAUCUGGUUUAUGAGAUUAAAUAUAAAGAUUACAAAGAUGAUGAAGAAGAAGUUUUUUCGAGGGAUUCCCAAGAUGUUUUCAGUAUCUUGAGUGUUAACAGUAAGCGUUGUCCAUUUAGUUGCUUCACAUAA